GUUAACACUGACCCUACUUCCUUGUAUGACUAAAUCAAAAAUAAAAUCAACAGAGACUAACCAUUUGUGUCAGUAAAUGUCAGAGAGCAGACACACACAGGCUGGAUAUGGUUAUAACAGAAACUUUAUCUGCCUGCUGUUGUGGAGACCACGAGCUUUCCAAAACCGACACCAGUGCAGUGGAAACUAUAGGCAGAUGAGAUAAAAGGCUGAGGAUUCCCUCAAGAGAAGGCAAAUUCAAAACAACACUCGCACAAGCUGCAGAAAGGGCCCUGCACUGCAAGCAUGGACAAGGAUCAGAACAAAAUUGAUCGCUUCCUUAAGCUGGGCUACAAUGAGGCUGAUAUUAUCAGAGUCCUGGAGAACCUGCACCACGAUGCCUUGACCAAUGACAUCUUAGAGGAACUGAUUAAGACAGGGCGCAGGUCAGAGGCAGAGUCUGACAAACCAAGAAGCUACAGUCCACAGCUGGUGCCUCGUGGCUGCUCUCCUCCUCAGUCACUGACGCCAAAGUAUGCAGUGGACGAGUGGGAUGCUGAUACCUACAGCAGUUUGAGGCCCAUUGUUAUCGAUGGAAGCAAUGUUGCAAUGAGUCAUGGUGACAAGCAGGUAUUUUCCUGCCGUGGUAUCCAGCUAGCAGUGCAAUGGUUUUGGAAUAGAGGACAUCGAGAUAUCACUGUCUUUGUCCCAUCUUGGCGAAAGGAGCAACACAGACCUGAAACCCCAAUAACAGAUCAAAAUAUUCUCCACCUCUUAGAAAAAAGAAAGAUCCUUGUCUACACUCCAUCCCGUCGUGUCAAUGGAAAAAGAGUGGUGUGCUAUGAUGAUCGCUACAUUGUAAAACUGGCUUAUGACUCAGAUGGCAUCAUUGUCUCGAAUGACAACUAUCGGGAUCUGCAAAGUGAGAAGCCAGACUGGAAAAAAUUCAUUGAAGAAAGGCUCCUCAUGUACUCUUUUGUUAAUGAUAAGUUUAUGCCACCAGAUGAUCCGUUGGGACGGAAAGGGCCAAGCAUUGAAGACUUUCUUAGAAAAACCCCUAAACAUCCAGAAAAUAAAUGGCGGCACUGUCCUUAUGGAAAGAAGUGUACAUAUGGAAUUAAGUGCAAAUUCUACCAUCCUGAGAGGAUGAAUCAAUCACAGUUAUCUGUAGCUGAUGAAUUAAGAGCCAAAACAAAGUCAUCAUCACCAAAGCCUGUCCUGGAAGAACAAGAAAUCAUUCUUCAUUGCACAAAACCCGACACUCAAGGGUCACUUACACCUGCAGCGCAUGAUCUUUAUUCUUUUGAGAAAAAACAAAAACUGGACCUGCAAAAUGGGGUUGUGUCUGCAGGAAUCCAAGUGGAGAAGGAUUCCAAUAAUAUAAGUUCAUCUAACAUUUUUUCUCCAAGGUCUUCACUUUCCUUUCAGAAUGACGAAGGCUUCGAAUCAAUAGGAUCUCAACUGUCUGCACUGAGCAUUCAAGAAACUCCACACAAAGCAUCGGUGGACCCGAAUAUUUAUAAUAAUAAGAAUGCCCUGUGUUCCAAAUGGGGAGAGACGGCAGCACACAGCUUUAGCGCUGCCUCUUUGGGAUGUCAUCAUCACAAUCUUGACUGUUCCUGUUUGCAGAAAUGCAGCUGUUCUAAAGACAGCCAGCUCUCCUGUUUCCCUUUCAGUUGCCAGCUGCAUUUCAGACCUCAAAAGAGUUGUAGCCUGUGUCCACUUCCUAGCUUUUUUCAGACACCUGAUUUUCAAAGACUUAAGUGCAAGUCAUGCAACGGAAUGGAACUACAAACUGAACCAAGUUCAAACAUGGUGGAUGACAGGCAUCAGCCCCAUCGUCACUUGGAGCAUCAGAAUUAUUCACACCAUUCCAACGACAUUCUUCUUGGUGGCAGCUGGAAAGAUGGCCAUUACAAGUCGACGACUGGGAGCUCAGGUUAUAACAGCCAGUCUGUAUCAGGUGCAGCAUCAUCUGCAAUAGAUCAGAGAUUUGUAAAAAGUAAGCUCUAUGCCACUUUCCCACAGAAUAUUGUUGACCAUGUCCUGUCUUUACAUCCAAAUAUUUCAGAUGUAUAUCUCCUUAUUUCACUCAUCUAUGAAUUUAAAAGCAGCCAUCCUUGGUAUUAAGAUUCUUUUAUCGUAAAAUAUAUGUACAGUAGCCCUGGAUUACUCCUGCUAGGAUCAGACAGGUGUUUAUUUGAGUGGGACUUUCCUGUCACUUUCUUGCUAGGACUGUAAGCUCUAGCCUCACUGUAAGAAGAGCAAUAAUAAUAAAAAUAAUGGAGAGCAAAAUGAUCUCUUUGUAUGAAUGUCUACCGCAAUAAAAGACCGUAGCAUAUAUGAGAUGUAGGGAAACUUUGAUUUCUAAUUAUAGUCAGGGUGUGAAUGUAAUUAAACAUGACCAAUGAAUGUAUAACUUUAUCUGUGAGACUUCAAUACAUUACUCUGCUUGCUGUAAACAUUUUUAAUGAUAUGACGUACUUUAUUACUAGACAGAUGAGCCUCUGUUGUUGUUAAUGACAACAGAAUGUCUAAACAGAGUUCUGGAUAGCAUUAUACAGUUAAGAAUGAUCAAUUCUGUUUUUCACUAUCUCUUCAAUUUUACACUUGUUUUGUCUCCUUGUGUUUUACUCUGCAACCUAAGCCUCUUCUUGGAAAAUCUGUUCUACUGGAGCCCCUGGUUUCCAGUUUGGUCAAAUACUAGUCUUCUGGGACAAAGGGCAUUUAGCUAACCAAUUAUAACUUUUCAGAUGGGUGCGGGAAAUCCUCCAGUUCAACCAACCACAAGAGUUUCCAUGUUGUGUGUAAAAAUGGAAGUGCUGUUGUGUUCCUGCAAUAUUUUUUGAUACUACAAAUAUAACAAUUUUGUUUUCCAUUUAUUUUGAACCUGAACCUUCAGUAACUUUUCUAUGAACUAAAAGUAUUAUAAUAAGCAUACAACAUGCGAUGGAAGAGUAAAUUCACUAAAACACUGACACAAAUUUAGCGAGCGUCUGGUAAACUAUAAGGAAUUGGAAUUCUGACCUCUUCUAUCAUACAAAAUAUGAGCUUGUGGGACACUUAGUGACUAUAAGCUGACUGAGACUGUCGGUCUCUUUGUAAGUGAAGCCUCUGAUUGUUCCAUCCAAGGUGUGUAGUGGGACUUGCACUUACAAUCAUGUGCUUUACUCUCUGGCUCUAAUAGGCCAAAGUGCCAGCAAAAGUGAAAAAUGAAUGUGAAAGUUCAAAUGUAACUACACAUUGAGAAACUAUGCCAUAAAAGAAAAAAAACGACUUCUUCAUAAUUUGACAAAUACCUUACAUUUUAAGCAAAUAUUACAAUACAUCGACCAAUAUUCUAUAUGUUCUUGCACACCUCAGAACACCAACAAAUUAUUAGUACAAAUAAUUUUAAACCAUGAUUAUUUAAAGGGACACUGCAGGUCCAACAUUCCUUGUUAAAUUCACCGAUGUUGCCAGAUUGUAUUAGCAAGGAAAUCAAGACAUGCUUUAAGUAAAAUAAAUUCAGGGGGGAAAAAUACAUGCGUAUAUAUCAGGAUUAUGCUGGCUUAGAAAAUGGAAUGGUAUGGUGAGUGUAUAUCUAUAUAUAUAUAUUUUAUUUUGCUAGAGAGGAACAAUGUAGCAUGUGUACAAAUGACCACUCUGGGAAAAAUGUGAACAAAUCCUAAAAAUGUUUUCUGCCAAUUGAAUUUUGCAUUGCAUAGUGCAUUUGAGAUAUAAAAUAAUGCAAUCAAAGGUGUGCUUUUCUUUUCAUUAUUAACUCAUUGCAUCAUUUUUAGUUAUAUUUUUUACUAACAAAAAAUGACUAGAAUAUUUUCUACAAAUAGUAUCCAAUUAUACUACUAUAGAUUUGUUACUAUGUGAAAAUUUACAUAUGCGCUUUUAAAAGCUGCACAUUAAAAUGCUUUUGGAGCUGUUCCAAAGUUUAUGUACGUCACUAUGACAUUUUAAUACAUUAUUUCUGUAAAGAAGUUCAAGUGUAAAGUGGUGCUUUAAUAAAGUAUUGUUUGCAAAAAAA